GCCUGAUUGGACGAAGCCGCGUGCACCCGCCGGAGCAGCUGUGCUUUACCAGAGCCGCCGAGUCUGCAGAGGACAGGAGGCGAGAAACUGCAAACAUGGCAACGGGCACAGAGGCAGAGACCAGGCAGAGGCUCCUGAAGACGGUGAAGAAGGAGGUAAAGCAAAUUAUGGAAGAAGCUGUUACCAGAAAGUUUGUCCAUGAAGAUAGCAGUCACAUCAUCUCAUUUUGUGCUGCAGUUGAAGCAUGUGUACUGCAUGGAUUGAAGCGUAGGGCUGCUGGCUUCCUACGCAGCAAUAAAAUUGCAGCUUUAUUUAUGAAAGUGGGGAAGACCUUUCCACUUGCAGAAGAACUUAGCAGAAAGGUGCAGGAGCUGGAACAGCUACUAGAAAGCAAAAAGAAUCAGAUGCAAGGUAUCCAGGAGAGUGUGAGGAAGACACAGAGGCUUCCAAAUCUGUCCCCACAAGCUAUCAAGCAUCUGUGGAUUCGUACAGCUUUAAUUGAAAAAGUGUUAGAUAAAAUUGUUCUUUACCUAGUGGAGAACUGUAGCAAAUAUUAUGAAAAAGAAGCACUUUUGGUGGAUCCAGUAGAAGGGCCGAUCCUUGCCUCCUUGCUAGUUGGUCCCUGUGCCUUGGAGUACACAAAAAUGAAGACGGCAGACCAUUUUUGGACCGACCCAUCAGCAGAUGAACUUGUACAGAGACAUCGUAUCCACGGUUCGCACUGUCGUCAAGACUCUCCCACAAAGAGGCCUGCCUUGUGUAUCCAGAAAAGGCACUCAAGUGGAAGUAUGGAUGACAGGCCAUCAUUGUCAGCAAGAGAUUAUGUUGAAUCAUUACAUCAAAAUUCCAGGACAACUCUUCUUUAUGGCAAAAAUAAUGUCAUGGUUCAGCCUAGAGAUGAUAUGGAAGCAAUUCCAGGGUACUUAUCUCUUCAUCAAACUGCAGAUACUAUGACCUUAAAAUGGACACCGAACCAGCUUAUGAAUGGCUCAGUUGGGGAUUUAGACUAUGAGAAAAGUGUUUAUUGGGACUAUGCAAUGACUAUUCGUCUAGAAGAAAUAGUAUAUCUACAUUGUCACCAGCAAGUAGACAGCGGUGGCACUGUGGUACUGGUAAGUCAGGACGGAAUACAAAGACCUCCCCUCAGGUUUCCUCGUGGUGGACAUCUCCUGCAGUUUCUAUCCUGUUUGGAAAACGGUCUACUUCCACAUGGCCAGCUUGAUCCCCCGCUGUGGUCCCAAAGAGGAAAGGGUAAAGUGUUCCCUAAGCUAAGAAAGCGAAGUCCUCAGAGUUCCUCAGAAUCCACCUCAGACAAAGAAGAAGAUGAAGCCACAGACUAUGUUUUCAGAAUUAUUUACCCAGGGAGUCAUUCUGAGUUUGAUUCAAACCUCCCCUGUUCCACUUCCAUUUACCACGUGAGGUCUAAGAGCCCAGCAAGUCAGACUACAGUGAUCCAAAAGCAUUCUGAGACAUCUUGUCAGGACCCCACCGUAUUGGUGCCUCAGGAUUUUAUAGAUCCUCAGGGGGUUGGGUUACCUUCUAUGUGGCAGCCCAGUACACGCAAGUCCUCCUGCUCCUCAUGUUCACAGAGUGGCUCUUCAGAAGGGGGUCCAGCCAAUGGCUGCAAUCAUGAAAGGGCUCCUCUCAAAAUGUUAUGUGACAAUAUGAAGUAUCAAAUUGUCUCAAGAGCCUUCUAUGGGUGGCUGGCCUACUGCAGACAUCUGUCUACUGUCAGAACACAUUUAUCAGCUUUGGUGAAUCAUAAAAUUGUGUCUCCUGAUGUGCCAGUGGAUGCUAGUGGAGGCCUAACUGUAGAGUUUUGGCAAAAGUAUUUAGAAGACAGCACAAAUUAUGAAGAAAAAGAAUUAUUACGACUAAUUUAUUAUGGAGGCAUUCAGCAUGAGAUCAGAAAGGAAGUGUGGCCUUUUCUUCUUGGGCAUUAUCGGUUUGGUAUGACAGAAGCAGAGAGAAAAGAGGUGGAUGAGCAAAUCCGUACUUGCUAUGAACAAACUAUGGCAGAGUGGCUGGGUUGUGAGGCUAUCGUUCGGCAGAGGGAGAAGGAGUCUCAUGCAGCUGCUUUGUUGAAAUGUUCUUCUGGAGCAAGUAUAGAUAUCCAGAUUCAGAGGAUGAUGCAUAGAGACUCCACAGUCAGCAAUGAGUCUUCCCAAAGUUGCAAUUCAGACAGACAAAACCAUGCACUCCUACAAAGUGACUCCAGCUCAAGUACACAGGUUUUUGAAUCGGUGGAAGAGGCUGAUCAGUUAGACACACGAAGCGAGGAGAGUAAACCCUCAAAAAUACCUAAUGGAACAGUACCUAAUGGGACAUCCUCUCCAGAUUCAGGUCACCCAUCUUCCAGAAACUUUUCCAUCACUUCUGGUUAUUCAGAGCAUAGCUUCAGUACAGAUGAGAAUGCAUCAACGGAUACCAGCAAAAAUGCACUUUAUCUGCCUAUGAAACCUGGAGGAACAGGUGGAAAAAAACAGUCUAGCUUGGACAGUAUGCUUGAUGGCAAAAGAGUCGAAGAGGAACUUGUUCAGGACAGUUUGGACACAGAAACUACAGCCAAUGAAAGCUUGGAUGACUUUUUAUCAAUUGCUGAAAGUACAGAGGACAUUUUGCCUGAUAAGGAAACUGCAAUGCUUUCUGUUGUGGAAGCUUGGCCAGACAGUGAAGCUGAGAAAGAAAGUUUGGUGGGAAGCGAAGAUAAUUUAUCAGAAGAGCCAGAGAUGGAAAGUCUGUAUCCACAACAUGAUUCAUUGGUUGUCAUUGACAAGACUGUGUCUGAAGUGUCCCCAGUCUCUUCCACUGGAGUAACAUAUACUCACGAAGUGCUGGAUUUGUACACAAUUAACUUGCACCGUAUCGAAAAAGAUGUCCAAAGGUGUGAUCGCAACUAUUGGUAUUUCACUCCCACCAACCUAGAGAAGCUUCGAAAUGUUAUGUGCAGCUAUGUGUGGCAGCACAUUGAGAUUGGAUAUGUGCAAGGGAUGUGUGAUCUGCUGGCUCCACUCUUGGUAAUACUAGAUGAUGAGGCCCUGGCCUUCAGUUGUUUCACUGAACUUAUGAAAAGGAUGAACCAGAAUUUUCCUCACGGCGGUGCCAUGGAUACACACUUUGCCAAUAUGAGAUCUCUAAUCCAGAUUCUGGAUUCUGAGCUUUUUGAGCUCAUGCAUCAAAAUGGUGAUUACACUCACUUCUACUUCUGUUAUCGCUGGUUCCUCCUGGACUUCAAACGAGAAUUGGUAUAUGAUGACGUGUUCUCGGUAUGGGAAACCAUCUGGGCUGCAAAGCAGGUGUCCUCUUCUCACUUUGUGCUCUUCAUUGCUUUGGCUUUGGUAGAAGUGUAUCGUGAUAUAAUUCUGGAAAACAAUAUGGACUUUACAGAUAUAAUAAAGUUCUUUAAUGAAAUGGCAGAGAGGCACAACAUAAAGCAUAUCCUGAAGCUUGCUCGGGAUCUGGUGUACAAGGUGCAGACACUGAUAGAGAACAAGUAAAUGGGCAUCACUGCGAGAAGCACAGCCACAUUCACCGCACCAGAAAACUUCCAACGCCAUGGAGCCCUGGAAAUAAUUUCUCAGCAAUGAAAUCAGGUCUCAAAAGAAGCUAAAGGGUUAUAAAAUAUCUAAUCAGCCAGUUUAUUUACUUAAGUAAGUGCCAGAAACUGAAGCCAGUUUUAGUAGCAGAGGAAAUGGCUACUACAAGAAUGAAUUUCCCAUGUUUUUCAUUGUUUAACUUUUUUUUUUUCAUUUGACCUUGUGAGUUUAUUGUUAAACCAAAGACCUUAACACACAAUUGCUCCUCUUGCAGAUUUCCGAUUCUGUUUGUAGACAUUGGUGAGUUUCAGCUUUCUGAUCCUUCCUAGAGCUUUCUGUUGAUGAACAGUACACAUUCAUAAGGAGGGAUUGAUAAUGGCCAUAGUUAGAAAACAUUAGCACAAAUAGAGCACUCUGAUGUAUUAGUUCUUUGUAAAGAUAUUUCCGAUAUAACGUGAGUUCACUUUCUGCACACAACCAGCUGCUAAUUUCUGUAUGUUACUCCCCACAAGGGUUCCCCGUGUUGUCCUUCUGGAGGGCCAACAUGUACACUUUCAGAUUUUAUUACUCUUAGUAUUUCUAGCUGGCUACACAGCUUUAUCACUGCAGGGAAGCUUUAUAGGCACAAUCAAAUGUUUAAAAGGGGGGAAUUACAGUGUAUACUGAAUAUAUUUAUUUUUCUUGAAACUUCCAUUUUACAUUUUUUAUUUUGAUAGAGAUAGAUAAAGUAUGAGAAUAAUUUUUCGUCGCUAACACUGAAAAUAGAGGCAUUAGUUGUGAUAGGCUUAGAUUUACGCAGAGGUAAAACCACAAGCACUCUGCAAAUCUCAGCUCUAAAAUAAACUUUUGCAGUAUUUUUGUGUUCUUGCGUGCAGAUCAGUGGGAAGGGAGUAGUUAUGUCACAAUACAAGAGGGUAGCAUUGUUCACGUUUGCAGGGAACAUAGUAAACUUGAUCUUUUCCCACCUUUUCCUGUUUAUAUUAGCUGAAGCAUGCCAUAACAAAGCAACAUUAUUUUAAUUUGGCUUUCAUGCAUUGUAAUGUUAUGCAGUCAUUUUUUUUUCAAUGUUGGAUCAGUACUAGCAGCUUAUAUCAUUGACCAUCUCUAAGGUACUGUGUUUUAGGAUGUCUGUAAUUGAGGUCUCCAGGCUACCCAUGAAGGCAGAGGCUCACUCUAAAUAUUGGCUUUUAAAUUUAGUUUAAAUUAAGGAGACAGCAGCAAGUAAAAGGAGCACUUACUGUAAAUGUGUGCUGCAUUAAAUUCCAUGCAAUUCUGACAGGAGUCAAGACGAUUCAGUCCACCAGCAACUUUAAUAUUCGUUUAUGUGGACUUAACCCAUCAAUCUUAAGUGGCACAGUAAUGAAUACAAUAUUGGAGCACAUGCAUAGGUAGGUUUUUCCUGCCAAAUGAAAUGUAAAAUGCAUACUGUUGUGACCAUCCCACCUCUGCUGUGCUAUAUAGCUGCCGAGAGGUCACUCAGAGAAGGAACAUUUGUUUCAAAUUGUGACUCCAUAUCACUUGAAAUCUUUUAGUGUAAGCUCACUUUCUGAAAAAUGCCAAGAACCCCUGCUGUAAAUGCUAAUAGUUAGAGGAUGGACCAUAUCUUCAGAACACCGGUUGUCAGCACUGUAUGUAUUAAACUGUUCUAUUCCUCAUACAGGUAGUUUUUUUGGAGUAAACACAGUUAAAGCUAUCGUGGCUCACUCCUAUAGAGCAGUUGUUACCGGUCCAGUAUAUGUUUUUAUGUAAAAUAUGAAACAAUGAGUCUAGCUGCCUCUGUCUACAGUAUUGAUAGCUGUGCCUUGGGACCAGUGAAACACAACAUUCACAUAGAGUUUAUAUUUAUGUAGUUUCCUUUUUAUUGUAGUGCUGCUACUCACAUACAUUUCAAACCGAAUACACUACUUCAGGGUCAUGUCAGACGAGAUUUUCCUGACAGUUAUUUUUUAACUGAGAAUCACCUCAAUGAAAUCCCACAUUAGAGUGAUAUUCCUUGUAUUAACUUAGUUUGAAAAAGAAAGGUUAACAUACUCUUGUCAGACAGGUAAGCAUGCAUAUUAACUCCCAGGUAAGACCCCUGUGUGGCACUGCCCCUACUCUUCUCCAUUUAACAUGAAAGAGUGUGCAGAAUUCUAUUAUUAAAAUAGUGGGUAUAAGUGCUCCAUUUCAUUGUAUAAAUAAAAACAAUGGUUACUUGUC